CGGGUUUGAUUGACAGGCUCUCUAUAUAAGAGGAGGGAGGCUGGUGCCUCAGUCUCUGUCGUGCCUAAAGUCCGGCGGACUGGACGCAUUAAAGCCAAGAGGACUUUACGUUUUAUUUUUGUGUUUUACGCACGAGGUGUGCAGGAGAUUCCGCUCCUCUCUCACCUAAUCAUUGGCUUUUUGGUCCCGAUCUGUUUUGUAUGUUCGUGUGGUCGGAUAUUUAAACUGUUUUGUAAUUAAAGACUGCCUUCGUCGGGAGAUAUGAUACUCAGGAGAAGUCUCUUCCUUCUGCUCUUAUCUUCCACUUUCCUCCACGCAUUACCUCAAGAUGACGAGCAGGAGGACGAGACGUCGUUCGACCUGUUUGAAAUCAGCCACAUCACUCGCAAGACUCUGGGGGCCAAACAGUUUCGUGGGCAAAACUCAGAUGCCCCAGCUUACCGCUUCAUCCGCUUUGACCACCUGCCCCCAGUGAGCCCCCCCAUAUUAAAACAAAUACUACGUCAGAUCCAAAACAAUGAGGGCUUUGUGUUUGUGGCCAGCAUGCGCCAGGACCGAACCUCGCGGGGAACCCUGAUUGGUUUGGAGGCCCCCGAUGGCCGGCGGCAGUUUGAGAUUGUGUCCAAUGGACGGGCAAACACUCUGGACUUGGUAUAUUGGGUGGACGGCUCCCAAAAUGUGGUUUCUUUUGAGGAAGUGGACCUGUCUGACUCCCAGUGGAAGAAUAUCACACUUCAUGUACAUGGGGAAAAUGCAAACCUGUUUGUGGGCUGCAGCCUGAUAGACAGCUUCAUUCUGGACGAGCCUUUCUAUGAGCACCUGAAGGCCGAAGGGAACCGCAUGUAUGUUGCCAAGGGAUCCACUCGGGAGAACCACUUCAGGGGCCUUCUGCAGAAUGUGCGUUUUGUCUUCGACACGCCGGUGGAAGACGUCCUGCUGAGCAGAGACUGCGAGGUUCCUAAACAAGAAUAUGUCAAUAUUGUGAGCGAGAGUACGGAAAUUAUGGAUGUGAGUCCCUCGAUCACUACAAACAUUAUCGGUCAGCAGACAGACAAUCCGGCCGCAGACAUGUGUGAGCGCUCCUGCGAGGAACUCAGCACCAUGUUCCAGGAGCUCAAAGGCCUGCGAGUUGUCGUUAGCAACCUUAUUGAUGGCUUGCAAAAAGUGACAGAGGAGAACACGCUUAUGAAGGAGGCCCUUGGGAGGAUGAAGAACACUAAGGAGAAAAACAUGUGCUGGCAGGAUGGCCGCCUGUUUGACGAUAAGGAAGACUGGGUUGUGGACAGCUGCACUAAAUGUACCUGCCAGGAGUCCAAGAUUGUUUGUCACCAAAUUACAUGCCCUCCAGUGGCCUGUGCCAUCCCGUCGUUUAUUGACGGCGAGUGCUGCCCCGUGUGUAUGCACAGCGAGGAUGGCUGGUCCCCAUGGUCAGAGUGGACAGAGUGCACGGUCACCUGCGGAACAGGAACCCAACAGAGGGGUCGGUCAUGUGAUGCAACGAGCAAUCCCUGCACCGGACCUUCAAUCCAGACCCGCAAGUGCAGCCUGGGCAAAUGCGACAGCCGUGUUCGCCAGGACGGAGGUUGGAGUUUGUGGUCACCGUGGUCGUCCUGCUCAGUGACCUGUGGGGAAGGACAGAUCACCAGGAUACGACACUGCAACGCUCCCGUCCCACAACUGGGGGGUAAAGACUGCGAGGGAAGUGGGAGAGAAACUCAGCGCUGCACCGCCAAACCCUGUCCAGUUGAUGGCAGUUGGGGUCCUUGGUCUCCGUGGGCAACUUGUUCGGCAACAUGCGGAGGGGGAGUCAAAAGUCGAGCGCGAGUAUGCAACAGCCCUCAACCUCAGUACGGCGGCAAAAAUUGUAACGGAGAGGCCAAGGACAGUGACGUCUGCAACAUAAAAGACUGUCCUCUAGAUGGCUGUCUUUCUAACCCGUGCUUUGGGGGAGUGGAGUGCAACAGCUCACCAGACGGAUCCUGGGAGUGUGGACCAUGCCCUACUGGUUUCCGUGGAAACGGUACCAACUGUGAAGACAUCAAUGAGUGUGACAUGGUGUCGGAUGUUUGCUACAAAGUGAGUGGAAUGCAGCGCUGCAUCAACACCGAUCCAGGUUUCCACUGCCUGCCCUGUCCGAAGCGCUACAAGGGCACGCAGCCUUUUGCUGUGGGUGUGGAGGCUGCCAAAAAGAACAAACAGGUGUGUGAGCCUGAGAACCCAUGCAAAGACAAUACCCACAAUUGUCACAAAUAUGCCGAAUGUAUCUACAUCAGCCACUUCAGUGAUCCGAUGUACAAGUGCGAGUGCAGGACCGGUUACGCCGGAGAUGGCUUCUUUUGUGGGGAAGACUCUGACUUGGAUGGUUGGCCCAAUCAGAACCUUGUGUGUGGCGCCAACGCCACUUAUCACUGCAAGAAGGAUAACUGCCCAAGCCUACCCAACUCUGGACAGGAAGACUUUGACAAGGACGGCCAAGGAGAUGCUUGUGACAAGGACGAUGACAGCGAUGGAAUUCUAGACGAGCGGGACAACUGCCCCCUACUUUACAAUCCUCGCCAGUUUGACUUUGACAAGGAUGAAGUUGGCGACCGCUGUGACAACUGCCCCUAUGAACACAACCCCGCUCAAAUAGACACUGACCACAACGGGGAAGGGGACGCCUGCGCGGUGGACAUCGACGGAGAUGACAUUAUGAACGAGAGCGACAACUGCCCCUACGUGUACAACACCGAUCAGAAGGACACCGACAUGGAUGGAGUUGGUGACCAUUGUGACAACUGUCCGUUGUUGCACAACCCUGACCAGACCGACGUAGACAAUGACCUGGUUGGAGAUCAGUGUGACAACAACCAGGACAUUGAUGAAGACGGCCAUCAGAACAACCAGGACAACUGUCCCUAUGUGGCCAACGCUAACCAGGCGGACCAUGACAAGGACGGCAAAGGAGACGCUUGUGACUAUGACGACGAUGAUGAUGGUAUCCCUGACGACAAAGACAACUGCAGGCUGACGCCCAAUGCAGACCAGAUCGACUCCGAUGCUGACGGAAGAGGGGAUGCCUGUAAAGAUGACUUUGACAAUGACAACAUCCCAGAUAUUCUUGAUGUGUGUCCGGAGAAUGAUGCUAUCAGUGUCACAGACUUUAGAAAGUUCCAGAUGGUCCACUUGGAUCCUAAGGGAACCACUCAAAUCGAUCCCAACUGGGUGGUCCGACACCAGGGAAAAGAGCUGGUUCAGACUGCCAAUUCUGACCCAGGCAUUGCAGUAGGUUUUGAUGAGUUCAGUGCUGUGGACUUCAGUGGAACGAUGUACGUGAACACGGACAGGGAUGAUGACUAUGCAGGCUUUGUUUUCGGCUACCAGUCGAGUGGGCGCUUUUAUGUGGUGAUGUGGAAGCAGAUCACACAGACUUACUGGGAGGACAAGCCCUCCAAGGCCUUCGGCAUCUCUGGCGUUUCCCUCAAAGUCGUCAACUCGACCACCGGCUCCGGAGAAAACCUCAGGAAUGCUUUGUGGCACACGGGCAACACUCCUGGACAGGUGCGGACUUUGUGGCAUGACCCCAAAAACAUAGGGUGGAAGGACUACACGGCAUACAGGUGGCAUCUCAUCCACAGACCAAAGACUGGUUUUAUAAGGGUUGUGGUCUAUGAAGGUAAACUAAUAAUGGCCGACUCGGGACCAAUUUAUGACAAGACGUUUGCCGGAGGAAGGUUAGGCUUGUUUGUCUUCUCUCAAGAGCUGGUGUUCUUCUCUGACCUCAAGUAUGAAUGCAGAGAUGAAGUCUUUAAACCUUCAACAUCUUUCUCAAACCUCAGAUGAGCUGGAGUUUCCAACUGUUCAUAAGAUAACUGAAUCGCGUCUGACAGAAAAAUAACACCAGUGGGAAAAAGACAAGAACCUCUGAAAGUAAACAUCACGUCAGCACUGAACACAUUUCAAAGUAAAUGAGGAUUGACAUACUACCGCAUGCUUGAUCCAUCCAAUGGAGAGGAAACCGUUUCCUGUUACGUAUACAUUUUUUACACUGGUAGUAAAAAAUGUUUCUUAUUUUUUGAGCAGAUUACAUGAUUAUACCCAGUGUACUUGCAUUUUAUAGGAUUCUUUGUACAACCACUUACAUGCCGUAUGCUUUCCUGCAGGUUGUUUCCUGCAUCUUUAAUAAUGUAGGAUUUUGGAUUUGUGGCUUAAGACAGUUUCUUAAACCAAAGCAUAAGCAUUUUGCUUUCAAUUCCAUUACUAUUUCUCUUCAUUAUUUUCAGAAUGAUUUAAAUAAGCCAUUUUAGUAAAUGCCAAAGAUGUUUAUACUAAGUCUGUAUUAUAAUUCUUUUUUGUAAAUUAUUUAUGCUCUGCUUGUCGUGUUUUUUAGCAUUUUUUGCUAGUUUGUAAAUAAUUAUUUAUUUAUGUUUACACUGACAAAGUGCAUAAUUGUAUAUCACAAACAUCAAGAUAGCACAUUAUAGUAUUGCAAGAUUUUUUGAUAUGCUAAUCCUUAACUUGUUAGUUUUUUUUAAAUAUUACACAAACUGUAACGUAAAGCUUUGGAGAGGAUAAACAUCAGCUGCUUUAAAGUAAUUACAUACAUAAAUACAGCAAGCAUUUAUGUAUUUGAUUAUAGCUGCCAGAGGAAGUUAGUUAUAGUAGUGUGUGUGCGUGUGUAUGUUUAAAAAAGCCACUGUUUAUUUUCUUUGCUGUCCAGACAGGGCCUCCGUGUCGAUAAAGUGAUAUAUCCUUUGGAACAUUUCUCAGUACUUAAUAUUCUACCAGGAGUUAUGAAUGGUCAAUCACUAAUAGUGGCUGCAAGUUGGGCUAAUGUCACUUUAGCAAACACCAAUGCCUGCCUAUACUUUCCUAUAAUACCUAUCGGUGACACACCUACAAAAAAGAGGAUUGAUCGAGGUUUUGACACAAGUUAAGGUAGUUAAAGGUAGUUAAAUACUUGUGAUUGCAGUUUAAGUGGCCUGUUAGGUCUAAAGUGUCCGAAGCGCCAAGUAAAUUUGACGUCAACAGCAGAGAAGUUGCGGUUCGGAAGUUAGUGAUUGUUUGUGAUGAGUCGUGAAGAUCCAAAACUGUAAAUAUAUGUUAUUCAAAUUACCUUUUCAUUCAUAUGUUAGUCACAAGUAUCACUUAUGGAUGUUGUGAAACUUAAAAAUCUUGGUUUAAAUGGAAUCAGACUGUGUGACUGUGACUAGUUUGGAUUGAGGAUUUAUUUCUGGUCACUUUGUUUUUGUUUCUAUAUAGCAGCCAUGUUUUUCCGUUUUUGUUCAUUUUUGGAGACUUUGCAAUGCACAAAAUGUACAUUUUCAUCCUUACGUUGUUAGAUUUACAUUUUCUACAAACAUUAGUGUGAGGUUAUUUUGUUUCUUGAAUAAAUUUCUUGUACUCCAUGUUGUUGAUUACACAUUGGCGGACAGUUAUUCCAAAAUAAUUACUGUCAUAUUGAAAUUAUUCUGUUUAACUAACAAACAGUAUGAAAUACAGGCUAAAUCAAUUUUUAAGUUUUAUGCUAGUGUUGAUAUGCAUUUUUUACUGUCAGAAAGUUUCAUAAAAAGACCUAAUCCAGAA